AUGAGUGAAGGAACUCUCCCUGUCCGUUAUCUUGGUGUACCCCUCAUCACUAAGAGAUUGUCAGCUGUGGAUUGUGACACUCUUGUGGCUAAAAUUAUUUCAAGGAUUGAGUCUUGGUUAGUGAAGCAUUUAUCCUUUGCAGGCCGUCUUCAGCUUAUCACCUCAGUCCUUUGCAGUUUUCAUGUUUUUUGGUCCCAAGUCUUUAUACUCCCUAAGAAAGUGAUUAAGUUGGUAGAGCAAAAACUUAAUAGGUUUCUUUGGAGUGGAAAGGACUCUAAAGCCAAUGUUAAGGUGGCUUGGGAGAAGCUUAGGAGUAUUGCUAAACAGUUCCUGAGCUUUAAAGUAGGGGAUGGAAGCAAGAUUUAUUUGUGGUUUGAUUCAUGGCAUCCGGAUGGAUAUCUGUUUGAUAGGUAUGGAUACAGAGUCAUUUAUGAUGCUAGUAGUAAAAUUGGCCUGAGGGUUUCUUCCAUUAUCAGAGAGGGAGACUGGUACUGGCCGAGUGCACGAUCUGAAGAUUUGGUGAAGAUCCAAAGUUGUUUGCCCGAGAUUCCCAUUGGUGGUGAAGAUUUGCCGGUAUGGAAGUCCUCUACUGGAAAAUUCUCUAGUGCUCAGACAUGGGAAUUGCUUCGGGCUAAAUCUCCUGAAGUUCCACAUUGUGCAUGUUCUGCUUUUCCUGCCAGGAGAGUUGUGAGCAUAUUUUCUUCAACUGCAGUUUUAGCAGACGGUAGGAGUUUAUUUGCCAUUGUUUGUAAGCUCUGUCUUGGAGCUUCGGUCUAUCACUUGUGGAGGCAGUGUAAUGCGUUGCUUCAUGGAAAUAUGCUGCAUACUGAAGAGUCUUUAGUGCUUCAAGUGAAUAGAGAUGUGAGAUCAAGACUCUUAGCUCGAUGUUCACCAAAGUUGAUUCGCAAGAAUCCUCAACUUGCUGAGAUUUGGAGUCUGCAGCAUAUGCUAAAGGGUUGA